AUGUGUAAACUCCAUAGCCAACCAAAGACCCUUCUCUCCGCCUUUAACUUACGCAAUAAACCAUCCCGCCACCAACAACCACAACUCUCAACUGCCACACCCCAACACCACCAAGGGGAGAUGCCUCCCAAAAAGCGCAGCGCACCCUCCGCGCCCAAGAAAGCGCGACAAUCCAAACUCGCCAAAGCGCACGACAUCAGCGCCACCGAAGAAAACGAGAUCAAAGAAGUCUUCCAGCUCUUCGCGACCAGCGCCGCCGACUUCCCAAACGAGAAAGAAGGAGUAAUAGCACGAGAAGAUGUUCGGAAGGCGCUUGUAGCGCUAGGUCUUGCGCCGGCUGACUCCCGAGAACUACACGAUAUUUUGGCGGCGGUGGACCCUACGACGACCGGGUAUGUUCUCUAUGAGCCGUUUGUGGCUGUUGCGGCGGCGAAGUUACGGUCUCGCGAUGAGGAUGCUAUGGCCGCUGAGGUGGAUGCUGCUUAUCAGUUGUUUACGCGGAAUACGGAUGGGCCGAUUACGUUGGGGCAUUUGAGGCGCAUUGCGCGGGAGUUGAAGGAGGAUGGGUUGGGCGAUGAGUUGCUUAGGGAUAUGAUUUUGGAGGCGAAUGGGGGUGCGGGUCUUGAGGCUGGGGUGAGCUUGGAACAGUUUCAUGAUGUCAUGACUAGGGCUGGCGUUUUUUAG